AUGAUGGCCUAUACGGAGCCUGGAAAAGAAAUUCAGCUUCUCUCCCAAAUUUUUGACGGUGUCCAUGGAUCAAUUUAUAAAGAUGUUUUAACGGAAAGCAGUGAGUGCGUUGCCGUUAAGCAUAUUCCGCUAGAUGUCCUGAAACGAGAGCGUGACUGCCAAAUUCAGCGUUUAAAAGCGAAUUUUGAUUUUAUUGCCAACUUGAAUCAUCGAAAUCUGCUACGUCAGAUCCAUCAUCAGGAAUCUCAACACGACAGAUAUGCUGAUAAUGAGCCUCGAUUUUAUGAAGUCAUCACCGAGUUCUGCGAAGGUGAAAAUUUGCAUGAUUUCGUGACUACAAACACUAUUACAGCUCUGCAGCUGCAGCACACAGUUGGCCAAAUAGUUGCCGGUCUGGAAUAUCUACACGCGCAACGCUAUGCUCAUCGCGACUUCCGGGGCGCUAACAUAAUGAUAUGCGUCGACGCCUGGGGCGCUCCUCAUAUCAAAAUCACCGGCAUGGGGUGGAUCUUCGAUGCACUGGAUAGGCGCGGCGAAGAGAGGCGUGAACGGGGAACACUGGUGUUUGUACCGCCGGAGAGGAUCCGCGGUUGUGUCGUGCUGGAGAUAAUUAACGGGGGCUGGCCGGAAUUCUACCAGAAAGACGGCGAUCUGCUAACAGAGGAUUUGCCAGUCAUGAUGUUUGUUGGGCAUGGAGGUGUGCCGACUGUUUCUCCACUGCUGCAGGCCGAGAUACAAGACUUCCUCAGCAAGUGUCUCAGCCGUAAUGCAAAGGACCGCUGGGUAACCAAGGAUCUGAUGAAGCAUGACUUUCUGCACUGCUCCCCAGAGACGGUAUCGACAUGGGUUCUACCGCGACCGGCCACACAGGAAGCGGACAUUUUUCUUUACCGUGAACUGCAGUCGUCUAUCUGA